UGUAAACUGGAAUGGUUAAAAUCCCUAAAAUGAAAACUAACCCUUCCCCUGUCUCCAUUUCCAUUGUCCGUUCUCUUUCAGGCGAGACAGGAUGUCUUCUCUCUCUCGCCUUCUCUGCCGUCGCUUCUGCACUGCAUCCUCUGCAACCAGUGUGGCCUCGACACCUCUCAACACCAUUGUUAUCGACCUUUUUAAAGAACGAAACUUCAAAACUCUUGUCAACAAAUUCAAGAAGUCCUCCGAGUCCUACCGGUUCCGUUGCAAGCACCGCAUAUACGAGGUUACAAUUCGUCGCCUCGCAUUGGCUAAACGAUUCUCAUGCAUUGAAGAAAUCUUGGAGGACCAGAAAAGGUACGAUGAUAUCUGUAGUGAAGGCUUCGCGAUUCGGCUCAUCUCUCUUUAUGGUAAAUCGGGCAUGUUCAACCAAGCCUCUCAAACGUUCGACCAAUUGCCGGAACUAAAGUGCCAGCGCACUGUGAAGUCCUUCAAUGCCCUCCUCACCGCUUGCGUCGAUUCCAAAAAUUUUGACAAGGCCGAACCCCUUUUCCGUGAGCUCCCUUCCAGCUUAUCCAUCCAACCGGAUCUUUACUCGUACAAUAUCAUGAUUCGGGCUUACUGUGAGAUGGGUUCACUCGAUUCUGCACUUUCAGUUCUAGAUGAGAUGGAGAAGAGUGGCGUGAGCCCGAACUUGAUUACUUUUAAUAUUCUUCUUAAUGCGUUUUAUGAGAAAAAUCGGUUUUCUGAUGGCGAGACGAUUUGGGCUAAAAUGGAGAACAACAAUUUAGUUCCUGAUAUUAGAAGCUUUAAUGCCAAGCUGCGAGGUCUUGUUCUUGUGGGCAAAAAAUCGGAGGUGGUUGAGUUAGUUAAAGAACUAGAGACAAAGGGUCCGAAACCUGAUAUUCAUAGUUUCAACGCUCUGAUUAAAGGACUUUGCAACGAUGGGGAUUUAGAGGUAGCCAUGAGGAUACAUAGGGAACUAUCCAAAAGGGGUCUCAUUCCUAAUCGAUCGACCUUUCAGACACUUGUCCCUUGCCUUUGUGAGAAGGGGGAUUUAGAUCUGGCUCUUAAGCUCUGCAGGGAGAGUUUGAAUCGUCAAUGCCUUCUGCAUGCGGAGUUGUUGCAAACUGUGGUGGAUGGGUUAGUCAAGAAGUUAAAGUUUGAUGGAGCGAAGAAGCUUGUGGAGCUUGGAAGGGCAAAAGGUUACAGUGAAUCUAGCUUGAAAAUGCCUUCUAAUGCGGAAUGAUUUCAAAAUUUGCUUCAUGUUAAAUGCAGACGAUAUAUUGAUGGGAUCAUCAAUCAUCUGAUCUAGCUGACCUUUAGUCUGGUAAUUCUCUUAGUCAUUGCCCACCCUGCUUUGGAGCCUUGUCCUGUUAUCAUGAGAUAUAUGGUGUCAUACGGGCCCCAGACCUUUCUACAGCUUCUGUAGC